AUGGAGAAACGUUUCAUUCAAAUACUUGCCUUCUUGGUCUCGUCACUGGGAUGGGUGUUUGUGCUGUGUACCAUGGCCAUGGACUAUUGGAGGAUCACCCAGUUAGGAGGCCAAGGAGGAUCCUUCAUCAUCAAGGUGGCCUGGUACUGGUCUAACCUGUGGAAGGACUGUUUCACUGAUUCUACAGCUGUGACAAACUGUAGGGACUACCCAGUGCUCUGGAGUGUCACUCCUUACAUCCAGGGAGUCCGAGGAUUGCUCAUGUGUGGUUUAACUCUUGGAUUCUUUGCUGUGGUAUGUUGCUUUCUUGGGAUGGAGUGCACUUACAUAGGUGGAGCAGAUAAAACCAAGGACAAACUGCUUCUUGCUGGAGCAGUGUUUCAUUUUGCUGGCAGUGUGUCAGAUAUCUCUGGCUACUGCUUAUACAUCAAUAGGAUUGCCAGAACAUCCUUUGCUCAAAAUGUAGCACCAGGAGUCUUACGGUAUGACCUAGGACCUCCCAUAUUUCUUGGAUUGGUGGGGUGCUUUCUCAUCCUUUUAGGAGUGGUGUUUUAUGCUGCAACAGUCUAUCGAAUAAUCUGGCCUGAAAGUAAAGUGGUGUAUGACUAUGAAGGAGGCACAUACAUGGCCCCUCGCUCCAGAGGAAGAACCCUGUACACCGGAUACUACAGACCGUCCAGACUGUAUGGAACUUAUUAUAUGGGCUCAGGAAGAUCCAGCAGUUCCAAGAUCUCAAAUCUUUCUAAGACAACGCCAGAUAAACUGUCUGACAGAGAUGCAUUUGUGUAG